AUGAUUCGAAAUUUUAUAAAAAAAGCUGAUCUUCUUGUCGAUCCUUAUGAAUUUAAUAUAUCACAAAAAGAGAAAUCGUUAACUCCGAUAGGUUCUAUAUUUAUUUGAGUAUAUUAGGGGGAUUUAUUAGUAUUCUCCUCUUAGUUUUCACUUCCUUUUACAUUGUUGGAGUCUUCCAAAGAAGUAUUCAAAAUUAGAACACUAUUUAUGCAGGAACAGAAAGCGACAAAAGCAAUGAAUUUGUGUUGAGUAAUGAAAAUACAAUAUUUUCUAUGGAAUUAUCCACUUUAGAUGGAAAAAUCUUGAGCAAUAAUACAAAUGUCAAAGAGUAAAGUAUGCGAUGUUCAAUUUAGCUAUUUUACAUUAAAUGCCUAGUAUAUUCAAUAACAAAGAGUUGAAGGAAAAAUGGGAUUCACUAGAAAUUUCAGUUCAUUAAACUAAUCGAAAUGCUCUACGGAAAAAAUUGACUAAUUUAAUUUUAACUCUGCAUCAAUGACUGAGGAGUAAAAAGACAAUCUAAUUUGCUUUAAUGGAGAUUUCACAUUAUAAGGACAAUUUUAUGAACCAUAUUUUGCUUAUAUCAAAUUAACUCUAAGCGUAUGCAAUAAUUCCACUAGCAAUACAUGCAAAACUUCGAAGGAGAUUGAAGAUUUCAUCAAUAAAGGGUAUUAUUAUUUAAUAACUAAAGAGUUAAUGUGGAUAUGUUUAUAAAAGGAUCAAAAAUUAAACAAGCAUUGAAUUACUCAAGUCCUGCAGAAGUGUUUUCGACUAAUAUAUUUUGGAGAUUAACAACUGGUAUUGGUGACAAUGAAGAUAUUUAUAUGUAACCAAUAUAGAUGGAUUUAAGUAAGUACAUGUAAAUAUUUUUCAGAGAAGAUUCAAUUUUUUAGCGAUAUGUUUAAUAUUGAGAAUACUGAAAGAUUGUAUAAUGGAUCAGUUGUGUAAAGAUAAGAGAGGAGAUAAGAGCCUAUUUCAAUUUCAUCAGGAGUUGGAUUGUGUACAUUUUAUCUCAGGUAUCAGCAAAUAAUAAAUUAGAGCUUCAUCUGACACUUCAUUUUAUUUUGUUAUACAAUAAGAUUUACCCUCAGUUAUAUUAUCAGCAGUAUCAGAAGCUACAGCUUUAUGUUUAGCUGUUAUGCAGAUCAUCAAAAUCUUCUAUAAAGUAUAUAAUCAACACAAGACUUUUGAAGUAUUGAUGAAUUCUGUUUUUAAAUUUGAUCUAAAGAGUGUACAAAAAAGGAAAUUGUCAUACGUUAACUAAUCAUAAACACCAGGGAAAAUGUAGGCUUCAGCAAAGAAUUCAAAGAAAUUAUUACAAUAAGUAAUAUUGCAUCUUUAUUCAGAUCUUUGAUUAUACAAUUAAUUACUCAUUUUAUUAAUAUGUGCUCUACAUUAUUAGAAAGUACUUUAAAAGCUGUAAAAAAAAUAUUGAAGAUGAAAAGGAAUUAGUGAUAUCAUAAAUAGCUAAAUCAAAGAUUGAAUUCGAUUUAGAUUUAACCAACAUUUUAAAGAAGUUAUAUGAGAUCGAUUGUUUAAAGUUGUUUUUAUUUGAUGAUGAUCAGCUUAUGCUUUUCAAUACAUUUUGUUCACCUGUCUUCUAAGAUUAAAUGACUGACUAAAAGGAAUUAUUUGAUAUAUUAACUGCAAGUAAUAAAUAGAUCAAAUCUAUAAAUUAACUACAAUAACAAUCAAAUAAUUAAAGUCAUAUUGAUACUAAUUAAAAUAUCAUAAAAUAUGCAGCUACUUCUACAAGUAUUAUUGUAUUAAUGAAUUUUAGUACCAAUCAAUGUUAGAUUAGCUAAACUUACAAGAUUUUUUAAAGCUUAACUUGGAGCAGAAAAUGCUUAAGAUUUAGUUGACAAUUUUUAGAAGAUCAAUGAAAACAAGAAUAAAAAUUGGCAAUUGAACAAUCAAUUAUUGCAAUUUGCAAUGUAGAAUAAAAGUUUGUUUAACCUAGUUUAAUAAAAUUAUACAACAAUCUUACAAUAAUAAAAUGAAGAUGAGCAAAGAGUCUUAGAAGAUCAAAUAAGAUUAGAUGUGCCUAAUGAACUAGAUGAUAGAAAGAUUUCUGAAGCUAUGGGUAGUAAGGAAUCAGUGUAAAGUUUAAAGGAUCUAGAGAUUCAUCAAUCUCCAGAUUGUUUAUAAAAUAGACUGUAAUAAAGUUGA